UGGUAUUCUACUGAUAGAGAAAAAUUAGUGCAUUUACUCGAGGAACAAACAGGCUGGUGUCAGCUGACAGAGAAUGGCUUGCUUGAAACUUUACACGUUCCUGCUGCUGGCUGUCGUAAUUGGCAUCGUCGCUGGGAAACCGGGAUAUUUGGGUGGAUUCGGAGGAUACGGGGGAUACGGCGGUUACUAUCCAUACCUUUAUAAUUACAAAUAUCCGGGUUACGGAUAUGGAUACGGACAUUAUGGCUACCCCAGUUAUGGUUAUGGUCAUGGAUUUGGUCACUUCGGUGGUCACUUUCACUAAUCGAAAAGACGACCAUUUGGAUUCCACGAUAUACGAUGUGGGAAGGAAAGACGUUUAGAACGAUCGUAAUACCGAUUCUAUUAUCGUAAUCCCGUUUUUCAACAUUGGAACCGUGCUAACGAAAUGCGUCUACUUUUCGUCACUCGAAGAUUGCUAUCUAUACUUCUAGUGCAACUGCAUUUAUUGUUUCUUUCCCUGAAUUCUGAAUCAUUGAUCGCAACGAUACGAAAUCAAUAAUGAACACACUUCUCGAACAGGCAUAUAUAUUCUCGAUGUCGUUGAAGAUUAUGCGAAACGAAUAAAUAAACCAUAGACUUUAAUGGAGGCACCAUGUUUGAAAUUAUUAAUGUGUCUGAUACAAACAUAUCUUAGACAAUAAAUCUUACAGUGAAAGAAUUAUAUAUUUUUGUAUCGGUGACACUGAAACGGCAAUCGACAUACUUAUAAUUUUAUUCAAA